AUGUGCGCAUUAAACAUAUCAUCAUGGACAGACCUCAAGGAGGCACUGGAGGCUCCUCAGGACCCAAAUACAGCAACAACUACUGAGCAAGAGAGAAAGUCACAUGUAUGGUCGAACGAAGAUCUGGACCCAACCAGGAAAGAAUAUAGGACCUGGACUUGGGUCCAUUACACUUCCUUCUGGCUUGCCUCGUCUUUUGCUACAGGAACAUGGACAACUGGCAGUGCCAUGAUCGCCUUGGGCAUGCCCUGGUACGCAUCUUGGUUGGCAGUUGUUGUGUCACACAUCAUCGGCGCUUUCUUACUGGUUGCUAAUGGCCGUGGGCCUGCGGCGUACCACAUUGGUUUCCCAGUGUAUGCUCGUGCCAGCUUUGGAAUGUGGGGGAGUUAUUUCGCCAUUGGCUCUCGGUGUGUUGUGGCUGCCAUUUGGUUUGCAGUGAACAGCUUUUACGGAGCCAACUUUGUGUCGAUCUGCAUUCGGUGCAUCUGGCCGUCGUGGAACAAUGUCCCCAAUGGCAUCCCUGCCACCGAGGGCAUUACCACUCAGCUCAUCGUCGCCCUCCUUAUUUUUUGGAUCCUCUCCAUGCCCUUUAUAUUCAUCCACCCUCGGAACCUAAACUGGUAUUUUGUGGCCAAAUCUUGCAUGGUCGGUCCAGCCUGCUUUGCUGUGCUCAUCUGGGCUGUUGUGCUCAACGGCGGGUCCAUCGGUCCCAGCUUUCAAGUCUCCCCCAAGCUUGGGGAUGCGAGUUACUACGGCUGGCUUUGGAUGAGUGCUCUCAACUCAGGCUUCGGCGGUUGCUCUGCGUUGAUCGUUGCGCAGGCAGAUAUUGCGCGCUAUGCUCGCAAGCCGAGUGACCAGUCUUGGUCUCAACUUAUCACCUACCCGGUCUUCAGUGCUCUUCCAGCUCUUUUCGGUAUCCUGGUGGCGAGCGCAACAUCCAACUUUUGGGGAAAGGCCUACUGGAAUCUCUGGGACGUUCUCAGUGCCGCCCUUGAUUACUACGAGAUGUCACCUGCGUCCCGCGGCUUGGUCUUUCUUGCUUCCUUUGCAUUCGCAGUCGCAAUUCUGGGAACCAAUGUUGCCGCAAAUUCUCUUCCUUUCGGCAGUGACUUUGCUGGCCUUUUUCCCCGGUGGAUCAACAUCCGACGAGGACAAGUUCUGUGCGCCCUUUUGACUUUUCCUCUUGUCCCGUGGAAGAUUGUCAAGAGUGCCAAGUCAUUACUGACGUUUCUGUCUGGUUAUUCGAUCCUAAUGGGUCCUUUUGCUGCGAUAUGCAUUGUAGACUACUUCUUCAUUUCUCGCGGCAACCUUUUCAUCAGGGAACUAUAUGUCGGCAACGCUGAUUCGCGUUACUGGUACUGGAAGGGUUGGAACCUACGAGCCAUUGCAGCAUGGGUCAUUGGGGUCGUUCUUCCGUUUCCCGGCUUCGUUGCGACCUUUGGAACAGUGACGGUUUCUAGCGGCGCACAGCAAAUGUGGAAUAUGGGGUAUUUGCUUAGUUUGGUUAUGAGUGGCGUGGUAUACUACGCCCUCACUAUUUUCAUACCUACUCAGACGCUUGAGAAGACUCAUAAGUUUGAGGAGUUGGCUUUGGAGACUGACAUGAUCAUUGAUUCCGUGACCUAUGCUGAAGAAGGGGCUGCAAAUUUGGACGGAUUGCACAAGCGGGGAUCUCUGGACAAGAUCUGA